AAACAGAAUCCAGUCUUUCUCAUUCGACAAAGCAACAACGAAGAAACUGCGCUCGAGAUUCGCAGCUCUUCUUGAUUCUCUGUACUUUUCCCUUGUGUACGUCGACCAGAUAAUAUAUAACCGUGAAAACAUGAAGAUCGCUUUGGCGCUAGGAGCUCUCGUCGUGAUCUGCCUGAUCGCGAGCAGCGAAGCCGUCCCCACGGAAAAACCCGUGGCUACGGACAAGCCUCAAGCCUCGAAGGACGUGAAGGACGCGAUCAAGCGAGCCAAGGAGGAACAAAAGACCAAGCAGAAUUGCCGAAAAGCCUGCACGGACAUUUACGAUCCCGUCUGCGCUCACGAUCCGACCAAUGCUGGCAACAAGCCGCGCUCCUUCGGCAGCCAGUGCGUCCUCGACGUGCACAACUGCGAAAUGGGAACCAAACUGGUCGUGAAGAGCAAAGGUGCGUGCCCCGGAUCGGAAGGAAUUAGACUGUAAUGAAUUAAUCAUGCGGCUACCGAAACCCUGGCCCGUUAUCGAACAAUAAAUUGUAUCAUGUUUGACCAUUUAUGCAGAUAUACAUUUAAUACAUGUGAUAAUAAAUACCCCUCUGAAAUACAAA